CUCCCUUCAGUGAUGGAAGGAAGUUCUCAUUGUUUUUCUUUCCCUGCGAGGUUCGCGAGUGCGCAGGCGCGUUUUGACUGCAGACCCUGACAAGGAAAAUGGAGGGCGAAAAGGCUCUUUAUAAAAGGUUUCAACAAGAGAUGCUGAAGUGGAAACCUCCCAUUUAAGUAGGUCUUUUGGCAUCCCCGGAGAGAAGUAAAGUCCUUGGUGAGUGAUGGCUGCUGUUUCUUGGCAAUGCUGCGCAAUCAUGGGACUCCUGUGUAUCUUAAACUACUAUGUGGAAGGGGCCAAAGAGAAGCGAAUCAAUUCAUUUGAAACAUGAUGCUGGAGAAGACUUUUAUGCAUAUUGUGGACUACUAAUAAGGGCCAAUAAAUGGAUCCAAGAGCAAAUCAAGCCUGAAUUCUUCCUAGAAGCUGAAAUGACUAAACUAAGGCUGGAUCUACACUGCCAUAUACGGAGGAGGAGGAAAGAGGAGAAGACAGGAAUCAGCAUGGCACCGCGGAGCCCCUCAUUAUCACUCGCAGAGCCCUAAGGGCUCCAUGGAGCACAGUUUGAGAACCCCUGCUCUACACUAAUGCACAAAGAAUGGGAAAUAAACAAGAUGAACUUGAACUCUUAAUACAACAAAGCACAUAUGAUGUAAUUGGCAUCACUGAAACCUGGUGGGAUGGGUCUCAUGAUUGGAAUGUAGUAGAGGGGGUAUAACCUAUUUCUGAGAAGCAGAUCAAUUAUACUCUUCAAUAGCCCUGAUUUAGCAGGGGCACUCCAGAUUCAUCCUUUGUCAUCCCACUUUUUGAACUGCUUUUAAAAUAUCCCAAAUUUCCCAUCUGUCCUUGGUUUAAUUCAAUUGCUACAAAUUAUUCAAAGUACUUCUGGUUGCUCCGGUUGCUCCUAACAUGAAAAAAAAAAUUCAAAGUACUUGGCACCAAUUAACUCAUCAGGAGAGAGAGGACUGGAAUGGCAGAGUCUUGCUCUUUCCAGUAGGAGAAGGCAAAGCAAACUGCUGGACCUCUCCUAGCAUCUGUUCACCUCCUCAUUAAUAACUUUCAUUAUCUUUACCGCCCUGUGAUGCUGAAGUAUUGGGAGGAAUGGAGUGUAGGCCUUUAUAAAUCCAAAGAUCUGCACAAAAAUGUAUUGCAAAACAUUUCAUUGUGGCAUGUUCCCUACUGACAGAUGUAGUUGAUGCUACAUCAGAUUUAAUUUUAGGCCGCUGUUUAGGCAAAUAACAUUCAUUGAGAUAUGUGUAGGUAUGGUUACUUCCCAUGAUAGACAUUACUGUGAAUGCAACAUGUGCACAACCAACGAGGUAUUCCAGGAGGGCUGUGUGCAUAUCUGUCUGUGUGUACCAGCCUGGCACAAGGAUUUUGCUACCAGAGGCAAAGCAUUCAAUAGUAUGGUCUUUCCACUCCUAAAUAAAUAUAUACAUAGUAUGCAACUAAGUUUAGAAUCUGAGGUAGAAAAAUUCCACAAGUGCCCCUCCUUCGUUGGUAGGAAAUGACAGUUCUAUUAAAUAUUUGCUACCUCUUUCUUUCCAUAUAACAUUUUCUACAGUUGUCUUGCUCCGCCCAACAGUAGAUCCAGUUCCUAUAUAUGUUAAUAAAACAAGAGUGCAGGUGACCUGGCCUCGUGCAUGUGAAUGCUAAAAGAGUGUUGAGAUAUGAGGGCAGAAUUCAAUUAAUUUAUGUAAAAGUAAAAAAAGAACCAAGAAGACCUGUGUUCUCUUCUGUCAGUCCCCUCAUAAAACGGAGAUCUGCAGGUCCACAUACUUGUUUAUCUCCCAGCUUGAGCAGUCGAAAUAGAAAUAUUUUUGCAGGGAGGUUUGCUUCUUGCAGAAUGGGAAAACUAGCCCUGGACCAAAAAGAAUUGGGUAUGUGGAUUAAAGUUCCUUCACUCAGGAAAUCUCUCCCUUCCCAACGCACACAGACACAUUGAAUGUUUUCUGUUCUGUGGCAGAAAAAUUGUCUUUGACAUACCUUUGCCAAAAGGCAUUGUGGCAGGUACAACAGGGAAGUCAUGCUGGUCCUUUUUCAGUGACCUUCUGCUGUCCCCUUGACUAUCUGGACCCUGUUCUCUAUUUGCGUGGCAUAUAUUUGUGGAACUGUUUAUUAUUAUUUUUUCUAGAGCCCUCAUCAAGUGUGGAAAACAGGACACAGGCUCUUCAGAAUAUUUUGUUUUCAUUUCAUCUUAUGGAGUAACGAGUGAAACUGGCCACCCUCCAGUCUUGGAUGCAUGGACAAUCAAGGCUUGUAUCAGGAUGAAUGCUACAUUUAUAGGUCCUUUAAAAAAAGAGGGGAAAAAACCCAAAGGUUUAAAAGUACGAAUGAAAGAGAUGCCAGGGAGGCGUUCUCAUCCACAGAGCCUUCUGCAAAGACGAGGCAAAACUUUCAUGCCAGUCAUGGACCAGCUCCUAGGAUAUUCUUUCUUUCUCCUCCUGAUCCUGGCACCUUUAGGCACUCCAGGGCACCCUGUUCACAUCCAGGUACCUUCCCAAGAGAGAUCGGCACACCAAGUAAAAUCUCCCAAAGAAGAGCUCACAAUUUCUAGUUUCUUGGUACGCUCAGCAAUUGUAUCCCGCUAUGCCUUCACCCGAGUGUGGACUGUUAUGAACAAUCCACAUACAGAGGCAAAAGAAGCCAUCUUUGACCUGGAUCUCCCCAGUUCAGCAUUCAUCUCCAAUUUUACCAUAACCGUGAAUGAAAAGAUCUAUGUGGCUGAGGUGAAGGAGAAACAUCAGGCUAAGAAGAUGUAUGAUGAAGCCCGCAGGCAGGGAAAGACAGCCGCUCAUGUGGGCACCAAGGACCGAGAAACUGAAAAAUUCAGAGUAUCAACCAGUGUGGAGGCUGGAGGCAAGGUGGCCUUUGAGCUGACUUAUGAGGAAUUGCUGCAGCGGCAUUUGGGCAAGUAUCAGCAUGCCAUCAACAUCCGGCCACAACAGGUGGUCAGGAACCUCAGCGUGGAAGUGACCAUUUCUGAAAGGACCGGCAUUGAUUAUGUCCACGUGUUACCCCUCCGCACAAGCAGACUUCUGACCAAUGCUGUUCGAGGGGAUGCUGACGUGCCACCAUCCACUCGGGUGGAGAAAGGAACACACUGUGCUUGGAUUGUGUUCAACCCCACACCCCAAGAACAGGCAGCGUUCUCAAGCUCGGGAAUCAUGGGUGACUUUGUGGUGCAGUAUGACGUGGCCAUGCCAGAUGUUGCAGGCGAUGUACAGAUCUACAAUGGCUAUUUUGUUCACUACUUUGCUCCAAGGGGAUUACCACCAGUCCAGAAGGACGUAGUGUUUGUUAUUGAUAUCAGCGGUUCCAUGUAUGGCACAAAGAUGAAACAGACCAAGAAGGCAAUGCAUGUCAUCCUAAGUGACCUUCACCAAGAUGACUUCUUCAACAUUGUUACUUUCUCUGACACAGUGAAUGUGUGGAAACCCAGCCAAUCCAUACAAGCUACUCCACAAAACAUCAAAAAGGCCAAGGAUUACGUCAGCAAGAUGGAAGCGGAUGGAUGGACCGACAUCAAUGCAGCUCUGCUUGCAGCUGCCUCUGUUUUCAACCACAGCUCUCCAAUGGCUGGAAAGAUUAUGAGGGAUCAGAGAAUCCCACUGAUCAUCUUCCUGACAGAUGGCGAACCCACUUCUGGAGUGACAACUGGCAGCCGCAUUCUGUCUAAUGCUCAGCAGGCUCUAAAGGGCACCAUCUCUCUGUUUGGUCUGGCCUUUGGUGAUGAUGCUGAUUAUGGGCUACUCAGGCGCCUCUCGCUCGAAAACCGUGGCGUAGCCCGGCGUAUAUAUGAGGAUGCUGAUGCCACUUUGCAGUUGAAGGGUUUCUAUGAUGAGAUUGCCAGCCCUCUGCUGUAUGAUGUGGAGCUGGCCUAUCUGGAUGGAGUGGCCCAAGACCUUACUCAGAAUCUCUUCCCCAACUACUUCCAAGGUUCUGAGCUUGUUGUAGCUGGGAAGGUGAAGCCAGGAGUAUCAGAGCUGCGGGUACGCACCACAGGGCAUGGCCAAGAAGGCCCGCUCAGCCUGGAAAAUGACAUUUCGGCCAACACCACAGAAGCAGUUCCCUUUGGCUGCUCUGGGGAUGCCAGCAAGAUCGGCCACUUUGUGCAGAGACUUUGGGCCUACUUCACUAUUCAAGACUUGCUUCAGGCCCGUUUCCGAGCCAAUGACACAGCCACCCGGCGUCUGCUUACUGAAAAAGCUACCAACCUAUCUCUCAAGUACAACUUUGUCACACCUGUCACCUCUCUGAUAGUGGUGAGGCCAGAUGCGCACAAAGAUAAGGCCCAGCCAGCAAAAGUUACCAUCCCUCCUGGGGUAACCAAAGGUCCUAAGGCCACUCCUCAUGCCUUGGGAAUGCCUGCUUCACCAUGGUUGUCUAAAGUGACCAAAACUACUACCCCUGUGGUUGGAGCUACCAGUGCUCCAGGGGUCACAAAAGCAGUCAAGGGAAUAGUGAGACAUACUACUACUUCCCCAGCUCCUGCCAAGAAAGUUACUAAAGUAGCCAGAGCCACAUUGCCACCAAUCAUUGUCACAACUACAGUAAUCCCUACUCCUUACAUUUCCCCAGCACCUACUGUAUCCAGUCGCACCAAAGUGGUACCCAGUCGCUCCAAAGCCACAGUGCUUCCAGGACUGACUGCCAGGUCUCUGACCCCAGCUGUAUCACAUGGGUCCACGAAACCUCCUAGAGCCACAGCCUCCCCUAAGACUACCAAACCACCUCUCAAAACUCCUAAGCCCAUUCCCACCAGGGCUGGAAAACCUAAGGUCACAGUUCAGCCACACUCUGUGAUGGAGACCAGAGGAACAGCUAUUUCCAAGGUGCUCUUGCUCGGUAUCCCCAAUGCGGCACCCACUUCAGAGCACCCCCCUGGCAGUGUGAAGGUAUUGGGCAAUAACUCUAGUGUCCAAGAGCAACCUCAGGUGACACCUCAGCCCACCUCUGAGCAACAAAGCUACACAAAACGGCAGGAAGGUACUCUCAGAACGGAGACAGGGAACAUGGCCUGGAGUAAGACGUCUCCCAAGGGUGACCCUGCUGCAGAAAUGAACACAGAGAAGCCACCACAUAACAGCACUACUCUAUGGGGGCCAGCAGCUGAAAUUACAUUCUCAGCAACAGAAAGAAUGGGGUCACAAGGCCCUGGACAUGUCCCUAGCAGCACUACACCUGCCUCCGACAUCAGCCUCCUCCUCCUACCCAGUGAGUCCGAGUUACGUUCAGCCACCGAUCUGGACAUGGAGUAUGUGGAAUCCUUAAACCCACCAGCUGUGUAUAGUUUUAUUACAUCCCGGAGACACCCAGAAAACCUGGAUUAUGAAGACUUUUCAGACUUCUCAGAAGAACUGGACAAUGAUGCAGAUACGUUGGCAGGUUCCUCCAACACUGGCUUCUUCACCUUCUCCUCUUGGGUGGACGGAGAUCCCCAUUUUGUAGUAAGUCUGCCACAUUCCCCGGGGAAACUUUGCUUCACCCUAGAUGGACACGCAGGAGAUAUUCUACGGUUGGUGAGAGACCCCAUCACUGGCCUCUCAGUCAAUGGGCACCUCAUGGGGGCCCCUUUGAGGCCAGGCCACGAAGAGCGUCCCCGCACUUACUUCGAUGCCAUCACCAUUGUGGUUGGGGAACUCUUGCCCCUCCCUGGCUAUGUGAUCAACAUCACAAGGAAAGGUAUAACGCUACAUGGAGAGCAUAUUCUGGUCCUGCCCUUCACCCAGCGGGCCACAAUCCACAAGCCACAGCUGGUGAUUUCCAUGUGGCCUGAAGCCAACGUCACUGUGCAGAUUGGCCAUGAAUUGGAGUUCCUUGUUCUGCUGCAUCGCUACAGCCAUCCCACAGCUCUGCAGUUGGACCAUCUUGGCUUCUACAUGGUCAACGGAAAGGGACUGUCACCGUCAGCGUGUGGCUUGCUAGGCCAGUUCCAGAACAGUGGCAUCCAGCUUUCCUCCGGCGCAGUUGAUGGAGAGCCAGCCACUUGGUUGUGGAGGGGUGCCAGCAAAAUCCCAGUCACCGAGGUCACCAAGAUACUGAAGGAUUCACCUCAAAGGGCUCAUGAGGCCCCAUGCUGGCUGGUGAAACGCAAGGAUGUUGAGGGGCUGCUGGGGGCACCAUACAGCUCUUACAUAGCCUCCAGUCUUCUGGAAAUGUGAGCUGGCCACCUUUGCAGUCACUCAGCAUGAAUCAUCAAGGCCAGCAAGUGACAAAAGUCACUGUCCUGUUGCCGUAUUCUCUUCUACUCCACCCCCCAAGGUUAUGGGGAUGAGAAAGAAGAGGAAAUGUGUGACCUCACUUCCAAGACAUUUGUAGUAUGCUCUUGAGAAUGAUAGCAGGCACAGUGGUGCAUUAAGGAGGGAUCUUUUUCACCUCUCUGCAGUCCUCCGGAUACAUCAACAAUACAUUUCCGUUUACAUACACACACACACCACAUUUAUUUACCACAGAAAGGGAACUUGUUUCAAAAAUAUUUUCUUGCCACUGGAAAGGGGCCAUUCUGAAUGUUCUUUUUCUCAAAGCCUUUGACAGGGACGGCCAUGCCAAUUUCUAACGCCUUUAUCCCCUUUUGGAGAAAGAGACGUGAGCCCCCUUUCCCAUGAUGGAAUAUCUCACAGCAGAGUCCCCAAAAUUUCACAAAAUAACCUGACCUUUUAAACAAGCAAGGAUGAAAAAAGGCAGAUGUGAAGAAGGGGUUGCCUGUAAAGCUCAAAUUAUGCUCAGGAGCUCAAACCCAACUCCUUCUCUCACAAGGCAACUAAGAUGAAUACUCUGGGAUGAAGCAAUAUAUAUAUAAAGUAAGCAUAUAUAUUUAUACAGUGCAACUUCCUUAUCUGUAGGAGAUACGUUCCUAGACAUCAUGUGAAUAUGCGAACCCAAAGAUAAUUAUGAACCAAUUGAAAUAAGGGAUUUGCAGUCCAAUAAUAUCAUAUGGAUGUGUAGGAGGACCUAGACAAUGCAAAGAGGACAUAAUUUGUCGGUCAUAAUUGAACCAGAUUUUCUUGUGUGUUGAGGCCUUGGCCUUUGUAAGCCGCAUCGAGUCCUUCGGGAGACGCUAGCGGGGUACAAAUAAAGUCUAAUAAUAAUAAUAAUAAUAAUAAUAAUAAUAAUAAUAAUAAUAAUAAUAAUAAUACGGAGUUCGUAUUGUAUAUCCACUGAUGAUAAGCUUUCAAAUGUUCUUGUAUUCCAUCAGACGAGGAACAUAUUCUGAAUAUGUCUAACACAAAGAGGUAUAGUAUUUAUUUUAGCCACAAUGGGUCUCCCCAUUGCCUGGACAUUAAAGACAAGACAACCUGAGGAAGCCUUCCACUCUUUCCAUAGAAAAGUUUGGACAUUUUUGUUAUUUCAAAAAUAGACAGAAAACAAGUUCUCCCCCAUCUGCACUGACCCAAUUCAUACAGCUAUUUCCAGUAUGAAAAGGGCCAUUUCUACUUCAGAAAAAAGGAGGUAGCAACUCUUAUUCAAUGGCAACAUGUUGAAAAUAAGCAAUUCAAACCUAGACUUUUCAAAGUUAGACACUCAAAAAGCCCCGCUCCUAGAUGGAUGAAUCCGCGAAUUUCAGCUUACCCCACACUAAGGUGCUUAACAUUUCACAUUUUUCAAUUUCUGUGUAGAGAUCUAUUACAUGUUGUUAAUGUAUUCUCAAAAAUUAAAUUGAAACAGAAUUCUCACUCA